AUGGCGACGCCGCUGCUGCUGCCGCUCUGGCUGCUCGCCGCGGCCGGCGCCGCCGCGUCGGCGCCCGACGCGGCGGCGCUCCUGCGCGAGGGCGACGCCUCGUUCGGCCGCGGCGAGUUCAGCAGCUCCAUCCGGCACUACACCGACGCGAUAGACGCGGACCCGGCGCAGGCGCUGUUCUACACGAAGCGCGCGGCCGCCUACAUGUCGCUGCGGCAGCACUCUGCAGCGCUGCGUGACCUCGAUGCAGCGAUCGAGAAGGAUGGCGCAUUCACGGCGGGCUACCUGCACAGGGGGAAGCUGCAGAGGCAGCUGUGCAACAUCGCCGCGGCGCGGUCAGACCUGGAGCAGGUGAUACGUAUCAAGGCGGGCCACAAGGCGGCCGUGAAGGAGCUGGAGGCGGUCGCGGCGCUGGAGGCGGCCAUGGGCAUGCUGGAGCGGCUGGACAGCCAGGGGCCGGAGGCGGCGCGGCGGGCGAUCGCGAUGGUGCUGGAGGCGGCGCCAGACUGCACCCGGGCGCAGGUGGCGGAGGCGCAGCUCGAGUUUGCCGCGAAAAACUACGAGCAGGUGAUCGCCUCCACGGGCCGCCUGCUCAAGGCCAGCCCGGGCCACCUAGAGGCCCUGGUGCUGCGGGGGCGGUCCUACCUGUACCUCAACGACCACGACCUGGCCAAGAGGCACUUUGGGGAGGCCCUCAAAUAUGACCCAGACCACACGCCGGCACGCAAGGCACGCGGGGCGGGGCGCCGGGGCGUGGGCCGGGCGUCCCUCCAAUGUACCCCCUUGAAGCCGCCCCUGCCCUCGCGGAACCCCCCGCCCUCCCUCCAGGAGUUCAACAAGGUGAAGGACCUGGACCGGCGGCGGCAGCGCGCAGCCAGGGCCGAGGAGGAGAGCAAUUGGUCCGAGGCGGAGGCCCAGCUGCAGGGGGCGCUGGCGGUGGACCCCGCGCACACCAAGGCGGCGACAGAGCUGCACUACUCGCUGUGCCGCGUGCGGCGAAACAUGCGCCAGUACAAGGAGGCGCGGGAGUCCUGCGAGACGGUCCUGGCCCUGGAGGCCGGCCACCGUGGCGCCACCACUGACAUCGUGCACAUCCUGUUUGACCUGGAGGAGUUCCAGGAGGCCUCAAACAGGGCCAAGGCAGCUGCGACGGCGCACCAGGGGGACGGGGAGUACGCACAGCUGUACCGUGAGGCUGAAAAGCGCCUCAAAAUGAGUCAACGCAAGGACUAUUACAAAAUUCUGGGUGUGGACAAGCAAGCUGACAUCCGUGACAUCAAGAAGGCCUACAAGAAGAUGGCCAUCACCUACCACCCAGACAAGGCGCCGCUCGCGGAGAAGGCCGCGUACGAGGACAAGUUCAAGGAGGUGGCGGAGGCCUAUGAGGUGCUCAAGGAUGACGACAAGCGGGGCGCCUAUGACAGGGGGGAGGACCUGGAGCAGGCCGGCUUUGGGCCAGGCGGCCCCGGGGGCUUCCACAAUUUCCAGCAUGCAGGCGGUGGCUUCACCUUCACGUUCCAAAUGUAA